ACAACUGUGUCGCGUCAACUGAUUCCCUUGACGUCAAAGGUUUAUAGUAUUUAAUAGAGUUUAAUUUGUGAAGAGAACUGAGAGCAAAACCUGGCAAUGGCUGCUGAAGAUAAUUGGCAGACGGAACUUCCAACUCUCGUCGAAAGAACUGCCUUCAUUUUCAACAACGAGAUAUUGAGCGAUGUAAAGUUUGUUGUUCCUGUGUCGACUGGUGAAAGUGAAAGUAAGAAGGUGAUCCCAGCUCACAAGUUUGUGCUCGCAAUCAGUAGUCCUGUGUUCUUCGCCAUGUUCUAUGGUCGAAUAGCGGAGACUCAAGACUCUAUUGAACUGCCUGACUGUGAUUAUGAGAGUCUGUUGGAGUUGUUUCGUUUCUUGUACACCGACAAAGUGAAUUUAAGCGGAAGUAAUGUGAUGCAAGUGCUGUACUUAGCGAACAAAUAUCUGGUGCCCUCGCUUGUCAAGAAAUGCAAAGAAUAUCUGCGAAGCAACCUGAUAGCAUCGAACGUGUUUUGUAUUCUGCCACACGCACAGAAAUUUGAAGAUAAAGACUUAGAAGAUCGAUGCUGGAAAGUAAUUGAGGAGCAGACCGUAGAAGCGAUGACGUCAGAUGAAUUUGUAACAGUUGAGCGAUCUGUUGUCGAAUCUGUUGUGAAGAGAGAAGUGUUGAAUGUGACAGAAGUGGAACUGUUCAAAGCUGUUAAUCGCUGGGCCACAAAAGAAUGUGCAAGGCAAGGUGUGACUUCCGAUGGAGAGACAAAGAGACGAAUUCUUGGAGAAGAAAUUGUGAAAGGAAUACGCUUUCCGUUGAUAUCACAGAAGGAUUUUGCAUCUGUUGUAUUUGAUUCGCGAAUCUUAAAUUAUGAAGAGUUUGGAAACAUGACAAAAUACUACAACGGUCUGAUAAAUACUCCUUUGCCAUUCUUAAAGGCCAGUAGAAUUGAUUCCACUGUGCACCGAUGCUGCAGGUUUAAAACGUUUUGUUCCCCAAGGGUUUACUGGAAGUACGAUGAGACUCCUGACUCUAUCAUUCUCACUGUCAGGAAGCGUGUUAAAAUUUACGGAGUUCAGCAUUUUGGCUCAGAAGGCGGCGAGUAUACAGUUACAACAGACAUUGUUGAUCUCGUGGACAACACUUCGCUUGUGAGUCGAGCAGGAAAUUAUGCUUCAGAAAAAAGCGAUGCCGAUGCUUAUUAUGGCUUUGAUGUGUUGUUCGAUCGUCCGGUUAUUUUGAAGGCAUAUAAAGAAUACAUAGUAAAGUCGCUCAUCAAGGGCCCUAAAUCGUGGUACGGCCAAGACGGGCAAGCAUCAGUGGAGUGCCAGGGAGUGCAAUUUACAUUUCGUAGCUCGGAGAAUUACUCUAAUGGGACUAGUGAAAAGAUAGGACAGUUUCCGGGAAUUUUGUUUUCAGUAGCCGAGUAAAAAUUCUAACGUUAACCAAACCGUCCCUUUUACGUAGGCCCCGUGAAAGUCUAAUAGGUCAUGUAGUAUUGGAUCAAUAGACCUUUUUACAGUUCCAAGCGCCAUAUUGGAAAUGCAACCGCGCACACGUGAGAACGAGGCUGGGGUUGACUCAUGUUAAAUUUCUGUGAGAGCUUUUGGUGAAAUUCGUACGUGAGCAGUAAAAUUGUUCGAUUUUUAAGGAAAAUGGAUGGUCCUAGCCGAAAUCUCGAUAAAGCUAAUUUUUCUUCCAAAAAGAAAGGAAAGCUGUGUGCCGCUUUUGGUUGUUCAAAUACAUUUUAUGGCCCCAAUGGUUUGCCUACGAGCUUUCACUUCUUCAAGUUUAUGCACGGAGGCAUGUAUUUUUGCUAAGUAUUUAUCGCUCUAUACUUAUCUUAUUCUCUGUGAAUUAUGGAUGAGGGUAACUAUUGUUGCAAAAUUAGUACAAAUUUUCUGGUAGGUACCUGAAUUGUUUUAAGUUCAGUAGAGUUUUUUUUAUUCUGGCAGCAAGUCAAGAAGUUCAGUGCUGCUCACCUGUUUACUACAUGGCUUGCCUAAAACACUCCUAGCAGAGAAACUCUAGGAAAGUAAUUGCUUUUAAUAAAAUAACCAAGACACUGUAUCUUCAGAGUUUUCACUUAUUAUGGCAGACCCAGAAAGAUGACUCAAAUUUGGUAGCAAUUGUGACAAAAGCAGUUUUCAAUAGUUGUUGUUUUUGUUUUUUAUGAUAGGAUAGUAAUCCACUAUGGAUGCCAUGUGGAACUCUCAAAAAAUAUUUUAUGUGCUGUAUCAAUCAAUUUGAUGCUUCAAAUUGAAAAAAAGAAAAAGUGAGUUUCUCCAACUAAAAGAGUUCUUGACACAAAGAUGAACUAUGACACUAAAUUUUAUUAUUCACAAAAUUGUCCUCAUAAUAAAAAGUUUGAUAGAAGUCUUGCAAAAUAUAAUUUCUCAUACAUUUCAAUGGUCUGAAAGAUUCUCUUUCAAACAAAUCUUAUGGUAACUAUAACAGGAUAAAAUAAAUAUCUUGAUUUGGAUAUAUUUCUCAAUCUUUUAAGUAUCUUCUUUACAUCUCAAAAUUAUAUCAUAACAUUGGUUAACACAAUGCAGUAAGAACUAGUAUAGCAAACCUUUGUGUCAGAAGGCCUCUGAGUGCUAAGAAUGGGAAUAUCAAUUCACUGAAUGUUUAUCACUGUCAGAAACUUAAAUGUGUGUAAAGGACUAGCAUUGUUGAGAUCAGUAGCUGAGAGGAAGCAUUUCUGUUCUCUUCCUUUAACCCUGAAAUAUCCAAGAUCUGAUUGUUAAGUCUCCCUUCUAGAUGCUACACAUA